CCAAAUUUCAAAGAGAGAACCCAGGAGUCUUUGGCCCCAUCUUGCUCCUGCAGCUGGUGAGCCACCGGAAGGAUGAGGGGCAGCCUGGCUAUGCUGGCUUUUCUCCUCCUCAUUGUCGCCACCCUCCAUUCUGAGGCUGAUAAAAAACCAGUUCAUUUAAAGCCCAUUGCGUGCUGUUUCAAAUACACCUUGCGGAAAAUCCCUAUCCGGUUUGUGGCAGAUUAUUCUAGAACCCAUAAACAGUGCUCCAGCCCAGGGAUCAUUCUCCAUACCCGAAGGGGGCGACAGAUCUGCGCCAACCCCAGCGAUGCCUGGGUGCAGGAGUACAUCAGCAACCUAGACAACAGCAAGGGGGCCAACAUGGCCUAGAGAGCUUGAGAGGAUGCACAGAGCCCCCUUCUUCCCUCCCGACUCUCCCCCAGAUGGUCCCUGGGAGUUGUCCUGGCCCAAACUGAAGCUCUUUCUUGCUGUUCUGUGCUCCCAUUCUCUGAUGAAUCCCCCUGUUUCCUGAAGCUUCUCUUUGACACCACCCUCUGGGACCUGAUGACACCGUGGCCCCCAGAGAGCAUCUGUCUUCCCUUUGCAGGCAGCCAGCUGUUGAAAUAAAAGUGUGCAACAGAAAAGAA